UCUCCCUCCGUGUUGGAUCAGAUGAGCGGGUGCAUCAUGGCCGUGGCGCGCGGGCUGCGUCUCGCUUUCCCGGGAAGGUAAAGGCUCUGUGGGGAGCGCGCUGCUUUUUGUUUGAAUCGCUUUUUUGGAUGGAGGUUUCUGUGGGACGAGGCGAAGCGUCGUGUGAAGUGGCCGCGCUGAGGAUUUCUGGUCGAAGUUUUGCAGUGUGUGGAUUUUAGCCGUGGCUUCAGCAAUGAGCCUGCCAUGUGUGUGCUGAGGAGAGAGCCUGGAGGAAGGAGCGCGCGCCGCAUCUGCCACUGAUCACCCCGCCUCCCCGUUCCCGAGCGCGAUGUACCUGGAAUGAAGAGAAACCAUGGAUAUUAUCUGGGAACUAUUUCUUAUUCUGCAAGCCAAUCUCAUCGUGUGUACUACAGCUCAGCCAAAUCCAAAAAUUCACGAGGGAUGGUGGGCAUACAAAGAGGUCGUACAAGGGAGCUUUGUUCCAGUUCCGUCUUUCUGGGGGCUGGUGAAUUCAGCCUGGAAUCUGUGUUCAGUGGGGAAGAGGCAGUCUCCAGUGAAUAUUGAGACCAGCCAUAUGAUAUUUGACCCCUUUCUGACACCACUGAGGCUCAACACCGGGGGCAGGAAGGUGGGAGGGACCAUGUACAACACUGGCCGCCAUGUCUCGCUGCGAUUGGAUAAGGAACACUUGGUGAACAUCUCCGGCGGACCAAUGACGUACAGCCACCGGCUGGAAGAAAUCAGGUUACACUUUGGCAGUGAAGAUGGCCAGGGCUCUGAGCAUCUCCUCAACGGCCAAGCCUUCUCCGGGGAGGUUCAACUAAUACAUUACAACCAUGAGCUGUAUACAAAUUAUACGGAAGCUGCAAAGAGUCCAAAUGGGUUGGUGAUAGUGUCUAUAUUCAUGAAGAUAUCCGAGACUUCAAAUUCAUUUCUGAAUCGAAUGCUGAACAGAGAUACCAUCACAAGAAUAACAUACAAGAAUGAUGCUUAUUUACUGUCGGGGCUAAACAUUGAGGAGGUGUAUCCAGAAACAUCAAGUUUUAUUACCUAUGAAGGAUCGAUGACCAUCCCUCCAUGCUUUGAAACUGCAACUUGGAUCCUUAUGAACAAGCCUAUAUAUGUCACAAAAAUGCAGAUGCAUUCCAUGCGGUUGCUCAGCCAGAAUCAGCCCUCGCAGAUCUUCCUCAGUAUGAGCGAUAACGUGCGUCCGGUCCAGCCGCUGAACAACCGCUGCAUCCGCACCAACAUCAACUUCAGCAUGCAAGGGAAGGACUGUCCCAACAACAGGGCUCAGAAGCUGCAGUACCGAGUGAAUGAAUGGCUGCUGAAAUAGAUCCCUUUCAUGGAUAAACCCAAAUAUAAGACAUAUAGGGAAAGGAAUGGAGAAAGACAUCGGAGGACCAGGAAAGACUCGAGACUGCAUCACAUUUGUCCUGCCAGAUUAAGUCAUGACAUUGUAAAGAAAAAAAAAAUACAUAAGAAGAAAAAAGAAACCUCAGCGAUAAGAGACUUUGCACUGUUGGCAAAGAGACUCAGUUUCAUACAUCAACUCAAAACCAGUGAAGUACAAAUAUAACUAUACAAAUGUUUUGAUACUUACCUUUUUUUGGUGGAAAGAAAAAAAAAAAGUGAAAAACAUACAAAGUUUGAAACAUUUAUUUCAUAGUCGCUUCACAAAAUGGAACUAAAGAUGACUUUUUAGCCUUUGUAUAUAUGGAUACCUUAUUCGAAGCGUGCAAAAGGGGACGGACAGUGAGCCAACGUUGCAGAAUGGAAACAUCCUUGAUUCAUAAUUGCAUUGUCUAUCAUAAUUCUGGGGCACAGCGGAGAGGACGGUGGAACGGCAGCCGCUCUGUGUCGACUUUGAAAGAUGAAAAUCAUGUUAAAGAAGAAUGUGCGUCGUCUGUACGACAAUGCGUGUCCUGGCUUGUAAAUAGAAUUAUUCAUGCUGAAGAUUAAUAUGUAAAGAUACAAAUAAACAUUUAAAAAAUAUAUCAGAGGGGAAAAAUAAAUGGAAAAAAAAAAGUUGAAUAUUUUACGCUUGGCGCACUUUGAAUUUCUGGAGCAGAGCUGAUGCCUUUUUUCUGUUUUAUUGUUUACAAUGGUCAUACACUGUGUUUGUUUAAUGUUAUCGGCCCAAUAAAUGUGUUUGGAAAGUC